AUGGAAACGCCAACUGUAGAAACCCAGUUCAUGUUUUUCACUUUGUACACGGUAGUUGGUAUAUUUGGUCUCAUUGGAAAUGCGUUGACAUUUUUCACAUUCUGGAAGGAGAGACGAAGGUCUGUGUUUCAUAUGCAACUUGCUGUAGCUAACAUUGUCACCCUGUCAUCAACGUUUCUGUCGGCUCCGUCGGCAUUGAGAGGAAGAUGGUUGUUUGGAGACCCAUUAUGUCAGUGGUUUGGUUUUCAAGUGUUUAUUGUUGGGUUUGCCGAACUGGCUCUCACGUGCACUAUCUGCAUUGAAACGUACACGACAGUGUGUCGUCCUGAUGACGAAAAAACACCUUCAAAGACAGUGCUGUCCAUUGUGUCUGUUGUUGUAUGGGGGUAUGCUCUCAUAUUUUCAUUAGCCCCACUCUUUGGCUGGAAUUCGUACAAACAUGAGUCCCUGGGAAUAAGUUGUGGUAUUGAUAUAGAAAACAACACACCCAGUAACUAUAGUUACUUGGUUAUAACUCAUAUAUUCUUCGUGGUAAUGGCAGUACCAGGAUUUGUGUGCCUUAUGUUGACCUUGUUGAGGAAACCUGGAGGCUCCAAGGUGUAUCAGCCUCUUCUCAGCGACUCGGAGCUUGUCAGAGUAACGUUCUUGCUGUUCACUUUCAUUUGUCUGGGUUGUCUCCCAUAUUACCUCCGUGUUGUUUACUUCCUGCGAGGUUUCCCGCCAUUUUUCGACAGUUUCCUCGGAGUUGAAUUCUCUCAUAUUGCAAUGAAAGUAUGCUGUCUUCUGCAGCCGAUCGCGUACAUGAUUGUUAGUGAAAAUUUUAGAAAAGUGGCAUUUUCUGCUAUAACAGGCGUUGAUCCAGUGAAAAAGAACGCAUAAAUGGACAAAAUAGAACUGGACAAAACACGAAUAACAAUGGAAGCUAUACGUACUGGACCACCAUAGAGAUUAAAAAAUAUACAUUUUGUAUGCCAAAUCAUGUUUUGUCAGAAAACUAUUUGCCAGACAGUUGAUAUUUAAUAUUUUUGAACUCAUCUGGACCUUUUAAAACUUCCCUUUAACAAGAAAAAAAUCAAAACGUCUAAUACAAUGUAAAUGACACUGAAUAUUCAGUACUAAUUUAGAGUGUGACUAAGAAUUUUGAUUUGUAGAAAAAGGUAGCUUGUGUUUAUGCUGAAGAUGAAAUACGUUUAGUUUUUUUUUUUUCAAAUUUAAAAUACUGCAGUGUAGAAUUUGUAAUUGUUAAGAAGCAAGUGUAUAUGUACAUUGUAUUUAUAUUCUGGCAAUCACUUGCAAUGCAAAAGUGAAUGUAUUUUGAAUAUUUCUUUAUCAAGCUCAUACAGGAGCAAAAUAACAAAAGAAUAUUGCUUGGACUAAUUGUGAAAUGGCAAUUUUGCAUCUGCAUUUCCUGUUUAUAUAAUGAAUAUGCAUUUUAUGCUUUCCGAAGUGGGGAGCAUAUAGCCACCGCCUUGUCCUUCCGUCCGUCCGAGCUUACAUUUUCAUGCUUAGGCGGCUAUAGGAACAAUAGAUAACUGUAUUUUUUCUUUAAUGUCGUUCAUUCCGUAAGGUUUUAUGUGGCUAUUUUUCUUUUACGUGGCUAAGGAACAAUAGAGUAGCCACAUAAAUACCCAUACGCAGGAACAUCCGUCUGUCCAUCCGUCACACUUCUUGUCCGGAGUCUCCUUAACUCAAAAGUUAUUUCGAAGUUACUAAGUUGUAACUUUAUACAAUGCAUAAUCUCAUUGAGAAGAAGUGCAGUGGCAAGGAACCAUAACUCUCGGGUGGUCCCGUUUUUUUAUUAUCUCCUUUUUUUGAAAACCUUGUCUGGGGCAUACCUUGAAUACUAUGUAAGGUAUUUAUAUUCAGAGGUCAGUGAAAGGGAGUGCAGUGACAAAGAACCAUAACUCUAUAGGUGUUCCCAUCUGAAUUAUCUCCCUUUUUAAAACCUUAUCUCUGGCAUUACUUGAAUAUUAUGUAAGGCAUUGACUUCACACUUUACACCUUGAUAGAGGUCAGUGAGAGGGAGUGCAGUGACAAGGAACCAUAACUCUAGGUUUUCCAAUUUUUGAAUUAUCUUCCUUUUUUGAAAACCUUGUCCGGGACUCGAAUACUAUGAAAGGUAUUCAUAGAGGCCAGUAAGAGAAAUUGCAUUGACAAGGAACCAUAACUCUAGAUGGUCCAAUUGUUUUUACUUAUCUCCCAUUUUUGAAAGCCUUGUCUGGAGCAUAAAUCGAAUACUAUGUAAGGUAUAGACUCGAUACUCGUUACAUUUCAUAGAUUAUUAUAUAGAUGUCAGUGAGAAGGAGUGCAGUGUUAAAGAACCAGAACUCUCACUGACCUCAUUUCUCCUUGACUAAAAAGCCCCUUAUGCUACAGUGUAAUCGGGGAGCAUCCAUCGCCGUGUUUCAUUUGUUUUUAAUACUAUACACAUGCAAAUAUCUUAACUCAUAUGCAUACCACUUUUAUGAAUAAUUUCAUCGACAUUGUAUUUUACUUGUAUCACAUGUUGUUGUUUUUUGUAUAUGCCGCGGAUACACUGUACUCCUCAAGAUUGAUGUCAACCCUUACCCUGCUAAAUUUCUAUAAUGAACUUGUCUAUCUUUAACUGUUAAAAGGGAUGCUUACAAAAAAGAUACUAACUGAAUGACGAGCAGUGAAGAUCAUGAUCAGUCUGCACGGAUGUGCAGGUGAUCAUGAUCUACACUGGCCGCAAAGGCAGAUUCAGUCGUGUCCAGCAUGACAAGUGAUAUGUGUUUUAUAUUAUAAGCAUCUAGCCGUAUUUGUUCAGACAAUAUUUCUGUUCACGCUCUCUUAUUAUAUUGUAAUCGUUAGAAAAUUCAACCGUUUCGUAAAUAAACACAAAAAGAUAUUUCACAUCCUUAUUCUUAUUUUGUUUUUCCCAUGUAUUGACAAAUCCUUGUUUGUUUGUUUUUUUUUUUUUUUUGUUUGUUUUUUUUU